ACCUCCGCACGUGUGGACGUGAUCGCGCGACUCCUCGCGCUGAGGAUCCUUUUCCCGGUUAACGUUAAGAAGAAGGAUAACAAAAAAAAAAAAAUCCCACCUCCCCGGAGGUUGCCGGUAUCUCGCCCCGGUUCGGUUUGCGGAGAAGGUUUGUUACGCGUGUUACGUGCGGUGUAAGCGGAUGCUCUUUUACCUUCAUCUGCCGCUCAAAGAAAUCCCUUUCCACCCUUUCGUUUACGUAUAGUUUUGUGGCAAAAUGCUUACAAUUUCACCGCGAGGACUGUGUAUAAAAAAGGAGCGAAAGAUGAGCAAAUUUGCUUGCCCUAACAAUCGAAACCGCAAAUUCUGUGAAGGGUGUAACAUUCGCCUUUAACAUCGAACCCGCAUCUCGGUCGCACCACCGGAGAGGAAGUGUAAGUUCGGAAGCUCGAUCAAUCGCGUGUGACACACGGAGGAAUGUGCUGGAAUCGUUAAACGAAGUAAAAACAAAACCUUUCCCCCUUGGAACCCGAACCUUUUGCCGUGACAGUGGGAAAAGCGUGUAGUUUACUAAGUAAUAAAAACAACAACACACAACGAGAGCCCCACGGAGUGCUUAUGUAUGUGUGCCUGUGUGUGUGUGUGUGUGUUUGUGAUGGUUAAUCAAACAAGUGACAUGUAAAAGCUGUUAACGUCGUGCACCGCGACGCCCGUCCGUGUUUAUCGAAACCGCUGGCCGCUGCCCGCAGACCCCAGAAGUCCCAUCCCCGGAUGCGUGAUGUAGCUGCUUCCACAAUAAACCACGCCCUUGGUCACUUUUGGCAGCCGUGCAUUACCAGCCGUGGUUCACCGUACUGCCGCGUGCAGUCCGGAUAACUUUCAACCACGGGAACGCUUUGAAGGAGCGUCACAACUAGGAAGAGACAACUGCUCCUACUGACAACUGGCAGCAGUAGGCGCCGCUAGUUGCUAACAAGCGAUUUUGUUUUAUUAGUGAGGUGAAAGUGGAUAGUAGUGGUGCUGCUUGGUUGGAGGGUGUGAGAGUGAGGGCGCGCGGUAAAAUCAAUAACAUAAUCCGCCCUGAGCGGCUUACGCGCCUGAUUGAUCGAUUUGCCGAUGAAGCUGGCAAUGAAGCGGUACGGCCGGUCUUAGCCCAGCCCAGGGUCGGGCAGAAAGAUGCAGCCAGUAGUGAUGCCGGGGUCGGGGUGAUAAAAACAAUACGUAGAAUCAACAGGAAAUCACUACCAACCCGGCCCCCCUGGGGCUCUUGUUUACAACUGUGUGUGUGAAAGUGUGAGUGUUCGUUUGUGUGUGUGUGCGUUGUUUAUUACACUAGCAUCCCCUUCUUUCCCUGACUUCCUUCCAAAGCGUCGUUCUCGUCGCCAUCCUUCCCUUUCCAUUAGUAGAAUACGCUUCCCCGAAGCCCUGGUCACGCCCGUCCACAGCGGUUGUGCUCUGCGCUAUGCUAAAGGUGCUGAAAAAUUGGCCCCAAACAACGCACACCAACACGUCACGACGCCUGAAUUGCUUCAUUACUUGCCAUUACCCUGAUCUGUGUGCCGGUGCUGUGUUCAAGCGCACAAACACAAACACACCCAUAGUGGAGUAGCUUCACACAAACACGCAAAUGUGCUGAGCUGGCCUGAGCAGGAAGCAGCAGCCAGCCAGCCAGCCAGCCGCUUUUAACAAUGUUACGUCAGUGCCAGUUCGUGCUCGUGGCGCUGGCGUGCUUCGCGGCUAAUUGCUCCGGCACCAGCUCGGAGUACUUAAUCAUUCGGCAUGGCCGGUCGCGGGUCCGCCACUCGAGCGAGAAGGACCACAUCCGGUGGGGCCUGCAAGUGUUCGACAACUUUACGCUGCUCGACUACGAUGCGGGCGGCUCGGGCAGCGGGUCCGGCAGCGAGGAAACCCUUCCCGCCAGAGAGUCACAACAAGGGUCGAAUGGUGGUGGUGGCGGUGGUGGUUCCCGCGGAAACACGCUCACGAUUCGGUUUGACGAGUCCGAAGAGCUGGAGCGCAUGAUUGAGCUAAGCGAUUUCGAUAACCUGCGCUUCGGCGGUAGCGGGACGCCGGAACCGCCGGCACGCCCGGGCACGGUACCGACCGGCCGGGAGCGGAAGCUUAUCAAGAAGGAGAUAAUGGAAAACAUUCGCCGCACGGUCGACAAGGGUCUCGAGUACCUGAAAGCGCACCACAACCUCGACGAGGUGAAAAUCGAACUCGUCCCAUCGUUCCGGGACACGCAGGCGGUGCGCAAGCACGCCGGUAAACGCAUCCCGUCCGACACAGCAACGAUUGACAGCAGCAAUCGUGCGGAAGAGCAAUCGAGCAGCAGCAGCAGCAGCAGCAGUGCGAUAACCGUCCCGAUGAGUUCGGGUGCUGCAGCUGGUCGGAAACCGGCGUUGCCAUGGGCGGUGGAGGACGUUGGUCCGGUCGCUAAAAGCGUCCAGCGCUCGCCGAGCGCUCAAGUGUCCGCAUCCAAUCAACGACUAAUCUCGUUAGACGCGAUUCCCCGCAACCCGCUGUUGCUGCUCAGCCCGGGCUCAACCCAGUCGCCCGGUGUGAUGGAUGCGGACCACCGUUCACCGUACGAGUGGCACCGAGGGUCAAGAGUUGUAUCGGAUGGGGUGGAUUAUCCUAAUGACAUGCCGGUGGCGGACGCGGCGGCGGCGGCGGCCGUUGACACCGGUAACGCGGCGGACGAUGAGCGCGAGCAGGAAGCGGAAGGCGACGUGGACGACAGCGACGGGCUGCUGCAGGACGAUGAUCCGCUGCUGCAGGAGCCCGAGCUGGAGCAGGAGCAGGAGGAAGCGCCGGCCGAGGCACCGGACGCGGCCGACAUUAACAACGUUUUCCACAUGGAGGAGGCCGACCUGAGCGAGCUGGACGAGACGAGCCGCAACAACCGGCGCAACCUGAUGAAGGGCCGGGACGUGGUCACGCAGUUCCUGCAGAUCGUCGAGAGCCAGCACCUGCUCGGGGCGAACUGUACCGCCGGCACCGCGCUCAACCUCGGCGAGGGUGUCGUCGACCGGUACGCGCAGGAUCGGUUUCGCGUCGAGGCGGAAAUUGCCGUCAACCGGGCGAACAUGCUGACCAGAAUCUUCAAGUUCUCGUCCGCGGACGUCCAGGCGUCCGAGCACCUGUUGCACGCGUCCGUCCUGUCGAUGGUGGAGUUUGACGAUGACAUUUUUGCCGGCGGAAACUGCUUCGACUGGAACCAGCAUCCGGCCAAGCGGGGCCUGUUCUGCCCGUUCGCCUACCGGCUGCCGCCCCCGGACCAGGGCGCCUCGCUCGUGAAGGAUCUGGCGCUCGAGUACCACUACUUGGGCAACACCUCGGAAUGGUUCUUUCUGGCGCGGAAAAACGCCGAGAAGGUCAUCGCGCGCAACGAGCAGUACAUUAAAUCUUUUCACGUAUACACCAACAACACCGAACGGCAGGCGGACGAAAUCCUAUCGGUCAAGUACGAGGACGGACGAUGGUCAAAGCCGUACUACGACUGUGGCGGCGGCAAUAUCUGGAUGCUGACGUACACGGUACCCUUCUUCGGCUACGAGAAUGGGACGUACUUUUUCAAGGGCACUUCUGGCAUCGAUAUCGAUUUAAGGCGCGUCGACAUUGAUCAGUGUCCGCAGAAGAACUCCCCAUCGGGGGCACCGCAGCCGCUCAACAUAUUCGCCGGCACGGACAAAUGCAAGCAGCGCACGACCGAGUGUACACCCAUCCCGGGGCUUGGCUUUCGGCGUGGCUCGUACCGGUGCAUCUGCCGCAAGGGCUACUACUUUCCCGACACGACGAUCGAGCAGAAGUACUUCAACGGCAGCACGCUGGAGGAAGAGUACGAGAAGCUUAUGCUGAACGAGUACAGCACGUACAGCAUCCCGAACUCGUACGAAUGUCUGCCGUGUGCGGAAGGCUGCGACUACUGCGAGGAUGCAUCGCCGUGCGUGGCCGCCCUGAACUGGCCGAUGCGUACGUCCAUUCUCGUGCUGGCCUGUGCCGUCAUCGGGCUGCUCCCACCAGCGGCCGUGUUUACCUUCAAGUACCAGCAAGUGAAGGUUGUAAGGGCGGCCAGUCCAGCGCUGCUGCGUGUAAUUGCAUUGGGCGCAUUUUGCAUUUAUUGCACGUCGGUGGUGAUGUAUCCGCCCCCGUCGCUGUACUCCUGCACCGCCCGCAUCUGGUUGCGGGAAAUUGGCUUUUCCCUGACGUACGGAGCGCUGAUGCUGAAAACAUGGCGGAUAUCGGUAAUUUUCCGUGUUCGGUCAGCGAAAGCGGUCAAAAUUACCGACGCCUACCUGCUGAAGCGGAUCGGUGUGCUGUGCGGUUUCGUCGGGAUAGCGCUACUCGUCCGAACGCUGGUCGCACCGCCGGUAGUGAUCGUCGGCCGCACCGCCGACAAUCUGAAGGCGUUCCUGUGCAAAACGGAUUGGUGGGAUCAUACCUUCACCUCACUGGAGGUCCUGUUUCUGGCCUGGGGCGUCCGGCUCUGCAUCAUGGUCCGGAAGGCACCGUCCGAGUUCAACGAAAGCCGCUUUAUAUCGAUGGCGAUCUACAACGAAUUUCUACUGACCUGCUUCCUGAAUGUGUCAAUGUUGUUCCUGCAGUCGCCGGCUAAUCCCGAUUUAUUGUACAUCAUAUUUUUCUGUCACACGCAGCUAACGGUCACGCUACUGUUGGCUUUGAUUUUUGGCAGCAAGGUGUACCUGGUGUUCCGGGGCGGUGGCAAGCAUCAGGACGACCCGACCGGGCUCGGCAUCAAACCAUCCGGUGCCAAAUUUAUUAGCCGCUCGCACGGACGUACCUUUGCGAACGCUAGCAGCGUCACGACGUCGACCGCCCAGCUCGGGGCCAACAUGGCGAACGAAGGUCGCCUCACGGAAACGGAAGCGCUGGAGGAGCUGAAGCUCCUCUACACCCAGCUCCAGCGGCUGUACGAGCGCAUCCCGCAGCGUGGCGCCGCCAUCCUGACCGUCGCCAGCCUGAUGGAAGCGUGCCGGACCACCUCGCUGCGCCCACCGCCCGCCCUCGGUGCGCCCAGCCCGCUGAAAGCGAUAAAGGCCGCCGCUGCACCGGACGGCCUGUCGGUGGCAUCGGGCGCAACGGGCAUCCCGUCGCCAGCGCCCACCCCAACCACCAUCCUGCGGCUGGACAAGAGCACCAACACGAACACGACCGCAACGAUCCCGAACGGGUCGGUCACGACCGCACCGCCCGGAAAUGGGUCGAUCGUUCCGCUACCCGCCCAAACGCGCAUCACCAUCACGGACGAGCUGGACGGGCCGGAGGAGGCGGUGCCCGACCUCGCCCGGCCGAACUGUCUCCGCUCGAUCGAUGGCAGCGACUUCCGGCUCGACCACCAGCAGCUGCAGUGCAUGUGCAGCGGCGACGAGGAGUACGGUGAGGCCGGCCAGCGGGACCCACUGUCCCGGUCGAUGGAGCUGACCGGCCGGCGCAACAACAGCAAUGGUUGCUGCUGCAGCUGCGCCUGCUGCACCUCGACCCGCACCGCACAGCCGCAGCAGCAGCACGGCCGGCGCAACGAUAGUGUGAUAAACAAUUCCACCAGCGCCGGGGUGCUCACCGGUGCGGGCAGUGCGGUUAAUUGUAAUUGUAAGAUAAGUGGAGUGCACGUCAAAUCCGGUUCCGCUUCCGGGUGUGCCUGUAGUGCGGGCGGGCGGCGGCAGGACGCAACGGUCGGGAGUGCCGGGCCGUUGCACAAAGCCAAACAGCACACCUCGGAGCUGGUGCUCAACUGUCAGUUUGUCGAUAGGAGCAGCGCGGAGCACCGGAAGCAACAGCAGCAGCAACCGAACUCAACACAGCAACAAAUGCAUCCUUCCCCGCAUCACCAUCAGCGUGCCUCCAGCACCAGCGAGUGUGGUGAGUUCAGUACAAAAGCUUUCGAAUCUUGUGAUAAUCUGCUACAUCAGCAGCAGCAGCAGCAACCAGUCCGCCAGCACCAGCGGCACAACCACCCAUCGGGCACCGGCCCCAACACCCUUGUAGAUAGCCAGGCGACACAGACACAGGUGGGGGUGGCCGGGACGCUUGCCCAGCUGGCGCCCGCCACCGACGAGGCCACGAUCCGGUCGGUGAAUCUAGAAAAGUUUAACAAAUUGUACGCCAACAACAGCAGUAGGAUAGAUAGCUUGAAGGAGCACUUUCUGAUGCGGAACGCGCUCACGACCGCGCUGCAGCAUCUGGAAAUUGAAAACCGGUCCAGGGGCCAGGGGAGCAGAGCGAGAGGAAGGGAGCCGGUGGAGCAGGGUGGGGGUGGCGGUUGUGGUGGCGUGACGGAACCACCGGCAAGGGACACAGCAGUGCAAACGCAGCACGAACAACAACAAUCAAGCACGGUGGCCCCCGGUAACCCGGUCGGCCGGGAUGAAGCAAUCAAUAGUAAAUGCAAUAGCAGUAGUGGUAGUAGUAGCUGUAGUAAUAGCAGUAGCAGCAGUGCCGGUGGUAGUAGCGAAACCAAGCGCAACAACCACGGCAGUCGGAGGGGCGAAAGCAGCAACGGCAGCAAGGGCAGCAGCAGCACCGGCAACAGUGCCGCCUCGCCGGAAACGUCGACCGCCGGUGGGGACGGUGCGGAUGGCGGGGAGGGCGGCAGUGAGGGUGGGGCGAGUGGCGAGGUGGGCAGCACCAGCACGAGCGGGACGAAGAAGAAAAAGUCGCCCGAAAAGCGGCUCGUUAUCGAUCUGAACGAUCGCUCCAAGUACACCGAGGAGGUGUCGGUGUGAGGCACUGCCGUGAGGAGUUGAGGUGGAUAGGACAGACACAUGCAAAAUUUUACGACACAAUUGUGUGUCGGUGUGUCUCUGUGUGUGUGUGUGUGUGCUAGUGGAAAAAAGCUUCCAAUGAAUGAGAUAAACUGAAGCACGAAACGAGCGAAACAAUCAAAGUCCGGCCGUCUGGACCGUACAUCGAUACACGAGUAGCGUUCGCGAUAGUAGACAGCGAACCUGUGGUUAUGUUUCUCUUUGCCGGCUCCACCGGACAAAACUCGAUUAUCGAGUGUUUUUCUAGUCCGUCGACUAGUUUUUCCCUGCUGCGUUUCAUCCGUUCUAAUCGCAUUUUCGCUUCAGUUGGGUUGAUUUGGUGUUGCGAUCGGUUACGAUUAAAGCCGAAGCUGUCGAGCGAGCUGUCAGCAUGUUCCGUUUGCGUGUGUGUGUGUGUGUUUUUCUUUCUCUCUUUUGUAUCCUUGCUUAACAUCUCUCUUUCCGAGGCUUAUCGUUUAUAGUGUCCGAUAGCCAUGCCACUGUGUUUGAUAUCAAUAUUGGCGAACGUUUCGUAUGGUUUCAUCACACGCUCGAGAAGAAAGACGUGAUCAAAAUCAGCCCAAUGUUUGUGUGUAUUCAAGCUUCUGUUUUCUACCAGUCACUGUUCAACCUUGUUUGUAUGCUUUAUUUGCACAGCAACAGCAUUUCAAUCAAAUCAUUGCUCUUUCUUUGGUUCAUUCCGAUCCGUUUCGUCUUGAAUUAAAGGCUCCUGCCAUUGCUGUGGAUAAACUCAGCGCACAUUAAACAUUCAUUUCACCCAUCAGCGACUGUAACCAUCAUACGCUGCUCAUAAUUUGCCCUCACCUCUGCUGGGACCACUCCCGACUCACGCCCCAUGUGCAUAAUUAAAACAAACAGUGCACUGUUGUGUCAUAUUUUCACUCUCCUUGCCCUCCUCUGGGGAGCGGUGGUGAACUUCUGCGUUGCGUUUGUUACUUCCAUCCGGCAACGCAGGCUUAUCAGCAGGCACUGAUCAUUCGGCCCGCUCCCGGUCGUAAAAUCAAUUUAUGAACUGGUACCAGCAGCGCAACACGUACAGCACAGCGGCUGCACAAGAGAUACUUUUUCGCUCGAUUUUAUCGCACACCCGUUUGCACAUGAUUCACGCUGAAACCACCCAGCGCUGGCGGAGUGGGUGGUGCGCCGGUGCGGUGAAAGGUGGAGAUGACAGAAAUGAAGGCCCCAGCACCCGGUAUUGGCUUACAAUUGUUUCGACAUUUGUUUUCACCCCAGCGUUUUCCCCGCCCCAGCACAAUGUGUAUUACAUUAUUUCCAAUUUCAUUUACGUGCGCUCCGUGCGCAGCCGUGCUCGCCGUACGGAUCGUGACCACGGGAAGCACCAAGAAGGGACGGCGGUGAGAUACGACGCCCCUGUUGUCGGCUUUCUUCUAAAUGUGUCCACCCCCCACGGCAGCAUGGGACCUGGGACCCGAACGUAACAGCGAGCAGUGACUUGGCUCAUUAUUUGGAAUAUUUAUGAAAUCAAACAAUCUUCGCAUCGCGCGCAGAAAAUCGCUUCUUAAUGUGUGCGUUUUCGAGUGCGGGCGGCAAUAAAAGCAAUGUAUUUAUUUUAGGUUUUUUUCUGCUCAUUCGGAUUCUUCGUCCCCGAACGGCAGUGGAGUAAUAAAAUCGACACUAUUCAUUCGUUGGUGGAUUUGUCUCACGUCCCGCACUGCGAUGGAAUCACGGGUGGAAUAUCGUAAAAUGUGUCGCAAGCUUUCUUUUUUAUCUUCUUUUCUUACUUAGGAAAAGAUGAAGCUAGAUACGGGUGGCAACCUACCGCAUAAGAUACGGUGGCUUCAUGUUGUAUGAAAGUGCUUUAAUGCUUCUGCAAAAGCAGUGUAGCAUAUUCUACUCGCACGAAAGUCAAGCUUUACAAAAUAACACACAUUUCCUUUUUAUUAAUCAACGAUUUGAGAUACUCUGUGCCAUGCCUGCCGUUCGUGGGUGGAAACUCUUGUUCUCCUCCCCCCCAGGCACUAGACUGUCAGAACAUUCCGGGCCCGGGUAAGCGGAGAUCCCCCUCACACUCAACUCCUUGCACUGCACAACUUCACCUUGGCAAGGCUGUGCAAGAAUGUGUUUGAUCUUUGUUUGCCUCUGGUACGGACCAUUUGCUUGCGACGAUACAAACAGCGAUGUUGCCGAUGGGUUAACAUGAUGGGUGAAAAAGGCAAAAAGUGGUACACAUAUGCAAUAAACAGAUCAUUGGCGUUUACUCCCACCCAACCGACCGAGCGAGCGAGCGAUAAGCAUCUCGGAGCGAUGAAAUUGUGAAACACUUGCUUUUCACCGUAUGCUUUUUUUGUUCUCCCUUACGGUACCUACUAUCGUAUUGUAGAGCGAUGUACCCCACAUUGCGGUUGGUGAAAUUGUAUCGAUAAGCGCUUUGGAAUAUGCUGACAACAUUCCAGCAAAUAGAUAACUUUCAUCUUAUUUUUAAAAUAUUCACAAUUCAAUUGCGUGUGCGUGUUUUGGCCUAAGAAUUCAUGAACAUACAAUGUAAGUUUUGUGAACUACUAGGCGCCUCCAUUAUAUUCAAACAAUUUCCCUUACACAAAUUUAGUUACUUGAAGCAUUAUUUACUUAACAACAUUAUUUUAAAUAGAUUACAUUUAUCAUACUUUAAAAAAUUUCACAUCUCAGUUGGGGCGUUUUUGGUCUAAGAAUUCAUUGCUAUGUAUAUUUUAUAAAAUACUAGGCGCCUCCAUGCUAUUUAACACUUUGACCGCCGGCCUGACGUCACAGUUUUUGAGUGAGCACGUAGCGCAUGGCAAGAGAGCGAUGAGAGCGACAGUUUCUUGUGCCAUUGUUAUCACUCUUUUGUUUCAUUGCGAUAAGCGGCGUAGUACUUGUCGUUCUCGUUCUCUCUUUCCUACUUCAUUCGUUCUUAAGAGAAUCACUGAGCGUCAGAUGCCAAGCUGAACGGUGAGCCAAACCGUCAUGCGAAUUUAUAUGACACGGCGCUUAAAGUGUUAAACAAUUUCCUUUUAGUAAAUUCAGUAGUAGGUAUUUAAGUAAAUUAAUCUUACCGUAUUCAUCAAAGUAUGCCUACCGAUGUAUGGUUUCGUUGCUAAGCUUCACCGUUUAAUUUUAAUGAUGCUCCUUCGAAGCCUCGGUUACCUAGUAGGCUGUGAUAGAUAGAGCUUUCACGUAUGGUAGUUGUGUAAUCUCAAGGAGACGCCCGGUACUUUACUUGUGAUGAUGGAGACGCCUGGUUCCUCUACCUAAAAAGCAUUUGAAUGGUUUGAAACAUGGCCAACUAUGGCCAUCUGUGCCCCUAUAGCCUUAGAUAUGUUAAUGUACAAAAGCCCAACCAAAAUUCUACAUACGUUUUUUUUUUUAUCGCCAAAAAAUCCCAAAAAUGACUUAAGUACUUUUUCGAAAGAUUAAAACCCCUUGCACAACAUUACACAAACCACAGACAUAAACGAGCUGAUUCGAUCGACCUAUCCAGGGUACGUUAUCGUAACAUCGUAAGCGCUUCAUCCAUCAAUAUUUUCACCGCUUUCGGCAAUCACGAACCAAUGGGAGUCAUGCACGGAACGUCGUCAUGCAACCUAGGGGCAAUAUUUAUUUUCGAUACUUUUUAUCUACCGCCUCACUGCGUUGCUUUCGUUACUUCCUUUCCGGGAAAAAAUCAUCCACACACACACACACACACACACACAUCUUCCCAAACCUGCCGCAUGCGAAUGGAUCAUUUGCAUAGCGUAUGAAUUAUUGCCUGAUGAUUUGUCAAUAUGCGUUUCGUUACGAUUUAACAUCACCAUGCGUGUAGCACAUAUUUAUUUUACUACAUUCCACGGACAGCAGUGAAUAAAGGAAUCGUUUGCUGUCACGAUACGGUACGAUUGAUUGUCCUACCGUUUGGCUUGCCGAAAGGCGAUGAGUCCUAGUGCUCGAACAUACUAUCGGAAUGUUACCCUGUAAAAGCAAUGAUUUAAGAUUUACUGAUAAUCCGAUUGCAUGCGUUAUGUUUAUUCCCUUAUCCCAGUAACAGUACAUUUAAGAUCCAAUAUCAUCGAUAAAAUCGAAAUCCGAACGCUAGCUAACAAUAACGCUUUAAACAUAGGACAUAUUCUGCUCAGUUGCAACACAAAGACUGUACACCUUGCGUUAUCUUGUUUGCCAAAGCGAAUGCUCCGACGGAUUUUACAACUCAACCGCUAUCCAAAAACACACUGCUGUCACCAUCUCGCAUUCUAUUGCAUUGCUGCAACGUAACGUUUAAACCCCAUUAAGCAUAGUCCAAAAUCACUACGUUGUCUAAGUGAGCCCCUUAGAAAACGUUUGCAUUUCGUGGCUUAUUGCGGGAUGAUGCACAAUGCGAGAUGGGUACACUUAGGGGUUUUGCCCAGCGAUUGAGUAAAAUCCGUGAGGGACCAUUGGGAACGCACUCCUAAGGAGUGUUUUUACUUUAUCGCACAUUGGUGCAUUCGUCGUCGAGCGUUAGCUAGCAUUCAAUUGCCAUUCGCUAUGUUUGAUAAAACAUAUCUCCAAACUUUACUAGCGUGUAGGUUAGAUACUUUGAGCGCUGUAAAUAAAAAAAGGCAAAGCAACAUAAGUAGUAGUAACGCUUCUUGUUCGUAGCAAUAAAGUCAACAAUCGAAAAGCGAUUAGUAAGGAAAAUUUCACAGCAGUCCAAUCUGUUGCUAUAUUUAUAAGCUACACUAAAGGUUGCUGCACACCUCAGCCAGGUGGGUAAAGUGUUACUGUGUGUAAUGUAAAUACAGGCGAACGAUUGGGAGAGUGAUGGCAUCUAGACACACGAGCCAAAACGUGUACAAAGCAAGUAUUGUAGGUAACGAGGAUUCGAGUUGUUAAAUUUUUGCUCCGUUUUCACCUCCACCACCGGGUACCCGAUCCACCAAAACACUUAGAUUCGAGCACUAUUUUUAAACAACACAUUGUUCACAUUCACUAGAGAUUUACCGAAGCGUAGCAGUCAGAUAGAGAGAAAGAGAGAUAUUUAUACUUAUAGGGAAAACCAUCUAAUCCAAAAGCAAACAUCGGUUGUGGUACUGUAGAAUGGAAUUGUUUCGUUAUUACAACGCGUCCAGCGAGACGUUAGUAGAUUUACAGAUGCGUUUGUUACAUUAAAACCGAUUUAUUGUUGCGUUUUGCUUAGAAUUUAAAGAAAGUAUCAUCGAUUUUGUAAAGUUUGCGAGUUUUAGAAGUAAAUAGCAGGGCCCCAUCAGCCAGGGUAACGCCCAUACAUGCCAAUCAAAACUUCGAAACGCACAGAAACUAGGCGUUACAUGGUGCAAUGGGCGGCAAUCGGAAACAAUGGCAAGUUAGCAAAGCACUCCAUUGGAUGGUUAGUAUCACACAUUGACGGUGCCAUAACCACAUAGUACAUACAACCACAAGUCGUAUCGCAGCGCAGCGCCACAACAUGAAGCAUUUAAAGUGAGAUAGUGAGCUAAGACAUAAUUUAUACGUAAGCCUACUACUUUCAACCAUACCAACGCAUUAGCAAGCAUCUAAGCUCAUAAGAGGUAUGACAGCUGUACAGUACAGUCGGCUCCACUCAUGCGGGAAGUGAGUCAUAAUGAAACAAAAGUACACAAGAGUUGUUCAUGUUUUGUACAAACUAUAAAAGAUUAUUAAAAAAAAACAGACAGACGCUAAAGCCUGUACGAUGUAUAUUAUAUCAAAAAAACGAUGAAAACGAUGUGUGAGCGAUGGAGUAUAUAUUGUCGAAUAUGUCGUAGUGUUUUUUUUUUGUUUGCGUGGAAAGCAUUGGAACACGACGUUUAGAGUGUAAAGAGCAUAUAAACUACUAAUGUGUAAGAUGUAAUAGGAUGGUAAGUCCGGAAUUGGGAUUAUGCUCCGUUUCACUAGCCGUGUGAAACAGAAACAUUCAAUAAAAAUCAAAUUUUAUCAUUCUAAACAUAAA